AUGUCUAGCUUAGAUGUCGAGGCCCUGCUCGACGCUACGGCUAAGAACCCAGAGAAAAAGCAGAAGAGCCCUGAUGCGGAACGUUCCAAAGAUGAUGGUAAAUCUGAUAGGCGAGAUAGAGACUCCGACCGCGACAAAGGCCGAGAACGUGAUGGCAGCCGUGUGAGAGAUAGAGAUCGAGACUACGACCGUCGCCGUCGAGACUACAGCCUUACUCGAAGCCGCCGAGAGACGCCCGAUGCAGGCACUCCCCGUAGCGACACUGGCAGCCACAAAAGUAGGCGGAGAAGCAGGAGUCGUGAUGAUGACCGUCGUCACUCACGCCGCCACAGAGACGGCGACUACUAUCGAGGUGGACGAGCCCGCUCGCGUUCACGUUCGCCCCCUCGACACUAUCGUCCUCGUGACGAUCGCGAUCGACGAGACCGACGAGAUCGAGGCGACCGCUAUUCCAAUGACUACGGCCGCCGCGGUCGAGAUGAUGACCGACCUGACGCCGGCAAUGAGGGCGGUGGCAAUGCCCCGCUUACGGAAGAUGAGAGGGAUCGUCGUACCGUGUUUGUCCAGCAGCUUGCAGCUCGGCUGCGGACUCGUGAGCUGAAAGAAUUUUUCGAAAAAGUCGGACCUGUUAAUGAAGCUCAGAUCGUGAAAGAUCGAAUCAGUGGACGAUCUAAGGGAGUGGGCUAUGUUGAGUUCAAGAGUGAAGAUGCCGUGCAGCAAGCCCUUCAACUUACAGGACAGAAACUCCUAGGUAUCCCUGUCAUUGUGCAACAUACCGAGGCUGAGAAGAAUCGCCAAGCUCGCAACCCAGACUCGUCAAGUGGACAUCCUAACUCUAUACCCUUCCACCGCCUUUAUGUUGGCAACAUUCAUUUCAACGUCACAGAGCAAGAUCUUCAAGCUGUAUUUGAGCCAUUUGGAGAGCUUGAGUUUGUUCAGCUCCAAAAAGACGAUAAUGGACGCAGUCGUGGCUAUGGAUUCGUCCAAUUUCGGGACGCAGGCCAAGCUCGCGAAGCUUUGGAAAAGAUGAACGGCUUUGACUUGGCUGGCCGUCCUAUCCGUGUUGGUCUUGGCAACGAUAAGUUUACCCCUGAGAGUACUGCCAACCUAAUGCACAAAUUUUCCGGUAACAACCAGGGCUUCCAAGGCUCUGCGUUCUCCGGAGCAGGCGGACGUGGCCAACAGUCUACGUUCGACCGAGCCGGGGGUCGCGAUAGCGAAAAGACUGGUGGUGCUAGCGCUUUGGAUGAUACAGACGUUGCUGGUGUCAACUUUAACAACUAUAGCCGCGAUGCAUUGAUGAGAAAACUUGCCAGGACCGACGAAGCCCCGACCAACGGCAAUGACGAACGCCAGCAGAUUCUCAAGCCUAAAACGGAGACGAAGCCCCUCCCUGUCAACGUAAAUAUGGCCAGUCGCUGUGUUGUGUUGCACAACAUGUUCGACCCCACAGAAGAGGAGGGUGACGACUGGGUCAAAGAGCUCGAAGAUGAGGUUCGACAGGAAGCGGAACAACGAUAUGGGCAUGUUGUCCACAUCUCUGUCGACCCGAACUCUAAAGGAGACAUUUACCUCAAGUUUGACAAAGUCCAGGGCGGCGAAAACGCCAUCAAGGGUCUCAACGGUAGAUACUUUGGCGGCCGAAUGAUCGACGCGUCACCUGUUGUAGACGCCGUCUACAGCAGUUUGUUCUCUCGCACCCGGGCAAUCUGA